CAAUUUGAAAACACCGCUCACAAUGAAAAGUCGCUGAAAAUCGCUCGGGACAGACAGUUGAAAAAAAAUUGAAAAUAAAUUGAGUGUGGCCCUCAGAUCCAUAAAAUAUUUCAGUUGUCUUUUGGAUGCACGCACAUAAAUUACUCUCUCAAAAAAAUAAAACAUCAUAAAUAACUUACACAAGUGAAUGCGAAACACCACCCCCAACCAAAGAGCCACAACGAUGAGCGAUAACACCACAUCUGUGCCCUUGGCUGACUUCAUAGAACCGCCCAAUCCAACCGAAGACGAACCAUUCGUACCCCUGGCCGAGCCCAGAAAAAUGAACGAUACGCCCGUGGCAGCGGCUGCCACGCCCACGCCCACCACCGCCACCACCGCACCCAUCAGCAAUGGUACGCCCACGGAGGCGGCUGCAGCAUCGGCGGCUGCAACGACAACUGUGGCCACCAGCGGCAGCAGCGAGAACAGCAUCUUCUCCAUACUCUAUACGAUUGGGAAAAAGGUGGCCAUUGUGGGCUCCAUCUAUCUAGUGGGAUACAUGGGCUGGUCGGUGGCAUGGCUGAUAGCGCCGGUCAUCCUGUCCGUGGCACGCGACCAGCUGGGCAAGACCUCGGCGAAGAAGCGGGACAUAGCCAAGGCCUCGGCGCUGGCCUGCGAGAAGGAUGUGAUCCUGGCGCGAAUUGAUGAGCUGCCCGCCUGGGUGUAUUUUCCCGAUGUAGAACGAUGCGAAUGGCUGAAUAAGAUUCUGAAACAGGUCUGGCCGAAUGCCAAUCAUUUUACUCGCACGCUGGUCAAGGAGACCAUCGAACCGAAUGUGGCUCUGGCCCUGUCGAACUACAAGAUGAACGGCUUUCGCUUCGAUCGCAUUAUCCUGGGCACCAUACCACCCCGCAUCGGGGGCGUGAAGAUCUACGACAAGAAUGUGGACCGGAAUGAGAUCAUCAUGGACCUGGAUCUCUUCUAUGCCAGCGACUGCGACAUCAAUUUCUAUUUGGGUGGCAUGAAGGGCGGCAUCAAGGACUUCCAGAUCCAUGGUUGGGUGCGUGUCGUAAUGAAGCCCCUGAUCCGUUCGAUGCCCCUGGUGGGCGGUCUGCAGAUCUUCUUUCUGAACAAUCCGAAUAUCGAUUUCAAUCUGGUUGGUGUCAUCGAUUUCAUGGACAUGCCGGGCCUCAGUGAUCUGCUGAGAAGGAUCAUUGUGGAGCAGAUCGGCGCUGUGAUGGUGUUGCCCAACAAGCUGCCCAUUUCCCUGAGCGAAGAGGUGUCCGCGGUGGCUCUCAAGAUGCCCGAACCAGAGGGCAUUCUGCGCAUUCAUGUGGUGGAGGCCAAGGAUCUGAUGAAGAAGGACAUCAGUGUGCUGGGCAAGGGCAAAUCCGAUCCCUAUGCCAUCAUCAAUGUGGGCGCCCAGGAGUUCAAGACCCAGAUCAUCGACAACAAUGUGAAUCCCAAGUGGGACUACUGGUGUGAGGCGUGUAUUUUUACCACCAUAGGCCACUUAAUUGGGUUUUCUUUGUGGGACUAUGAUCAGACAAUGCCAGGUGUACUAAACGAUGAUGUAUUGGGCAGAGCCAGCAUCGAUAUAGCCAGCGUGAUCAAAAAAGGCGUUGUGGAUAGCUGGCUGACUCUAGAGGAUGCCAAGCAUGGUCUGCUGCAUGUUCGCCUGCAGUGGUACAAGCUAACCGCUGAUCCCAAUGAUUUGCAGCAGAUCCUGCUGGAAACCCAGCUCCUGCGGGUUACCUCCAUGAGCUCGGCGGUACUCAGCGUUUUCAUCGAUUCGGCCAGGCAUCUGAAGCAAGCUCGGUCCAGCUCCAAGCCCGAUCCCUAUCUGGUGUGCAGCCUCAACAAGCAGAAACAGCAGACGGCUAUGAUCAUGAGGGACGACUCCCCCGUGUGGGAGCAGGGCUUCACUUUCCUGGUCAGCAAUCCCGACAACGAGAGUCUGAACAUCAAGAUCUACGACCAGAAGACAGGCAACGAUAUCGGUCAAUAUACUUACACGCUGAGUACCCUGCUCAAGCAGUUCAACAUGGAGGUGAUCCAGCAGCCCUUCCAACUCCAAAAAUCUGGCCCUGAAUCCAAGCUCUAUAUGUCGCUGUCAUUGCGGAUAUUGAAACCGGGCGAAAUCGACAAGGAAUCCGAUGCUUUGGAGCAGGUGGCGGCCCUCACACGCAGCAGCUCUGUCAAGACACCCGAUGUGGCUGUGGUGGCACCUCCAACCUUCAAGGAUCCCCAAGCACCCAACAAACGCCAGUCCACAGAGUCACCCAUCAGUGAGGAGGAGCUUGCAGUGCCCAUGAAAAUCUCACCGGCUCUGUCUGCCUCCACGUCCAGCGAGAAGCCGAUUAGCGAGCUGGCCGCCUCGGUGUUGACCCAUCACUUCCCCGAGACGAGCUCGACGGCGGGCGAGCACGGCCUUGGACGCAUUCAGAUGUCCAUACGGUACAGUGCCCAGAGGCAGAAGCUCGACGUGACCCUGCACAAGAUCGUGAAGAUACCGCUGCGGGACCCCAGCAACAUACCCGAUCCGUAUGUGAAGCUGUAUCUGCUGCCGGGACGCACCAAGGAGUCGAAACGGAAGACGGGCGUGAUCAAGGACAAUUGUAAUCCGGUUUACGAUGCCUCGUUCGAGUACCUGAUUUCAAUAGCAGAGCUCAGGCAGACGGAGCUCGAGGUAACGGUCUGCACACAGAAGGGUUUUCUGUCCGGCAGCAGUCCCAUCAUUGGCAUGCUGAAAAUACCUCUGGACGACAGUGAGAUUACCACGCCAGCGGGUCUGAACACAUGGUUCGACCUGCAGCCUGAGAUGCGGCACGAGUGAAGUGAAGCAUCAAGCCGCGUUGCAGUCUCAUCCACACAACAGCACAAUCAAUCCACUCAACUCAACUCAAACAAGAACUAAUCACUUUUUUACCAAUUGCACUUGACGCCUUUUGUAUUUGUUGUGUAUAAUUUAUGUGUAUUAUAACCUUUGGUCGGGUCGAAACCAAACUAAAAUCUUUUAGUCGUGCCUCUACAUUUAUAACUAUCUAUUUAUUGUAGUCAAAUAAAUCGAACUGUGUUUUCAACAAA